GUCCAACCACUCUCAACAAACAUGGAGUAGAAUAAUAACAGCUUACCAGACUGGACGGGAAUAACCUGUUUAUGAAUUAAAACUUCUACUGUUUAAAAAGAGUUGAUAAAUGUUAAGAAAAUGGCUAACGAUCUUACCAACUCAAUUAUGAGGACAGUUUCUUUUGUUGAAAGAAUUGAAUUUGAGUUUCCUGGUAACAUUAUGACUCAAGCCAUGGUACUAGCAGAUGUUGAUAAUGAUAUGUCGAAUGAACUUGUGGUCGGAAAUAUUGAAGGUGAUAUUGCAAUCUUUAAGGGUGAUUCACCCACACCUUGGAAGAAAACUACAAUAUGUGGCAUGCUGACCUGCUUAGCCGUAGGUGAAGUUCAUUUACCAAAAAAGAAUAGUCUUGUUUGUAUGACCGCUGAAGGCUGGUGUUGCAUAUAUGAUAUCAAGUCCAAAAAUUCUGCUCAGAGUAUGACUAACACAGAGGAAGAAGGAGAAGGGCGUAUGAGCAAACCUUUCUUCACACAAGAGCUUCCCGCUAAUGCAAAAGUGAUGUGCCUAGCUGAUAUUGAUUCUGAUGGAUGUGUUGAGAUGGUUAUUGGGUACUCUGACAGAGUAGUGCGUGCAUUCAGAUGGCAAGAGACACACGAAUCAGACAGUGGCCAGUUUGUUCUGAUACAAAGAUGGCAGCUGGCAGGACAGAUUGGGAGCAUCACUAUAAACUACAACAAGGAACACCAGCCUGAAGUAAUGGUGUCCCAGCCAGGGGCAGCACUGGUUUCCCUGCAGCUGAAGACGCCAUUCAGACACAUCAAAUCUGACAGCUGCCUGGACAGGAUGGCCUGCAACAAGCAGGACCACAUGCCUGAGAGGAGCGGCAGCUUCAUCACAACAGUCAAAUCAGACUCGUCCGGCGCAAACUGUGGUCACAAUCCUGACGCUCAUAUGAGCAAAUCUGACACUCUGUACAACCAGUCAGCUGAUUUGUCUUCAAACAAAUGCUCAAACCAUCAGUCUUCAGACAAAUACUCCAGUUUAUUUCUCAAUAAGCUUGACUCAAAAACUCCUAAACAAGGGAAUAAGCAGGAUGCUGGUAAUAAAAGUUUAAAAUCAGAAAAUUCACCAGAACAAAAGGAUGAUAAACAGAUCCCAGGAUCCCCUACAACUAUUGGCAGCAACAGUCCCUUGGAGUCUUUAGAAUAUUCUGGGAACAAAUUAAGCUUGCAGCUCAACCAUGAUACCUAUUGUGAUGAGGAGAUGUUCAACACCAGUUUCAUAUACCAUCCUUUGGCUCACAAGCAGACCAGAAAUAAAGACACAAGUACUGUGAUUGUAGGUGGUAUCAACAGGGAAAGGUCAGCCCAUUCAACAAGUGAUGCUGAGUCACAGCUUGGAUCUACCUACUAUGCUCUUGCUACUCUUGAUGGUUCACUUAUUUUGGUAGAGAAUGAUUCCAUUCUUUGGUCUUUACAAGUUGAUCACUACUUGUUUGCAUUAGCAAAACUAGAUGUUACGGGCAAUGGGCAAGAAGAAGUUGUAUGCUGCUCAUGGAGUGGCCAGACAUACAUUGCCAACCACAGCAAAGAGAUUGUUCGCUAUCAGUUCCCUGACAGUGUUGCUGCAUUCUGUGCUGGCUAUUUUUCCUUACAAGAAGGUUCCAAUGCUCCAUGCUUUGUGUAUGCAACAUUCAACAAUAAAAUUUAUAUUUAUCCUAAUAUUAAACUUCCUCGAGUGGAAUCAACCAACUUGCUACAAGUUAUGAGCAGGAAAAAGGAGACCCAUGAAUUAUUAGAGAAACUCAAUAUUGACCCUGAUAAUGUGGAUUCAGUCCGUAAACUUUAUCAUUGGUGCCUCUAUGGACAACAUGGAAAAUCACAAAUGGUCAUGAAGAGUUAACAUUUGUCUCUCUUAAAAAGAUAACAGAAAAAGACAACAAUUAUUUACUUAACUACUAACAAGCCAUGUUAAAUGAUUCUCAGACAGUUGAAGUGUUUUAUUGACUCCUAGAGACAGAGCUUUGUUUUUUAUUCUGUUUUGUAGACUGUCCUAGAAGCUAUAAAAGUGCAAUUUAUGUUAAUAAAUCAUGCUAAUACUGAUAAUAUUUAAACUGUAUGAAAUAGUUAUGAACUUAUCUUGUGUAUUGGAUACAUACUUGCAAUGAUAGAUUGUUAUCAAGUGUUAUUUACAGCAUUCAUCUUAAGAUCUUGUCAAUCUUAUAUUUUGUCCUUUGCUUUAAUUUUUCAUGUUAUUUUGCAAAUAAUUUUUUUGUUCAUGUUAUGAGAGGGUAAGUGUUUAAUCAAAACAUUUGCCAUUGUUUUUUAAUGUAUUUAUACAAUUAUAUACAUAA